AGUCUUUUCGUUUUGUUGCUUUGCUCUCAGCUUGCAGAGAAAGAAAAUAGGAUACUAAAGUCUUCUGUGCAAGAUUGGGUGGGACUUGGGAACCCUAGUUUAUCAACUGCGGAUCGCGUAGAUCCGUACGAGAUUUAGUUCAAUUUAUUCUCCAGAUAAUCGAGGAUGACGCAAGAUGUGGAGAUGAAGGAGCUUCAGGUUCCUUCGAAUUCUGCUUCUUCUACUGCUCCGUCGACUUUGCAGCUUUUGAAGGAGAUAGGGUCUCUUAUCGAGACAGGCUCUUAUGCCAGGGAGGUCCGGCGGAUCGUGCGGGCCGUUCGCCUCACAAUUGCAUUGAGACGGAAGCUUAAGGCUCCUGUGCUAGCCGCAUUCCUCAAUUUUGCUCUUGUGCCAGGUUCUGAAGCUCACACUCGGUUAUGCUCCUAUCUUCCCAAGGAGGAUGAGCAUGAUAUGGAAGUUGAUACUGCAACAUCUGCAGCUCAAACUCUUGCGAAGCACUCACUGCCUGAGCUUGAAAUUUACUGUUAUUUGCUUGUUCUGAUAUUUCUGAUUGAUCAGAAAAGAUACAAUGAGGCCAAAGCUUGUUCCUCUGCAAGCAUUGCUCGUGUAAGGAACCUGAAUAGGAGAACUGUUGAUGUCCUAGCAUCCAGGCUGUACUUCUAUUACUCGUACAUCUAUGAACUUACCGGUGAUCUUGCUGAAAUUCGGGGCAACCUCCUUGCCUUGCAUCGGAUUGCCACAUUACGCCACGAUGAGCUUGGUCAGGAAACACUACUCAACCUGCUGCUUCGCAACUAUCUGCAUUACAAUUUGUAUGAUCAAGCUGAAAAAUUGAGAUCUAAGGCACCCCGGUUUGAAGCACACUCUAAUCAGCAGUUUUGUCGGUAUCUCUUCUACCUUGGGAAGAUAAGGACUAUCCAGUUGGAGUACACUGAUGCAAAGGAGAGUCUCUUACAAGCCGCUAGAAAAGCCCCGGUUGCAGCCCGUGGCUUCCGAGUUCUAUGCAACAAGUGGGCUGUCAUAGUCCGGUUGUUACUGGGGGAGAUUCCAGAGAGGACUGUGUUUGUGCAGAAAGGCAUGAAGAAGUCUUUGAGACCAUACUUUGAACUUACAAAUGCUGUUCGGAUUGGUGAUUUGGAGCUUUUUAGGACUGUUGCUGAGAAGUUUGCGGGGACCUUUGGUUCGGACCGGACGCACAAUCUGAUUGUGAGGCUACGUCAUAAUGUCAUCAGAACUGGGCUACGCAACAUCAGUAUCUCUUACUCUCGCAUCUCACUGGCAGAUGUGGCCAAAAAAUUGAGGUUGGACUCGCCAAACCCUGUUGCUGAUGCUGAGAGUAUUGUGGCCAAGGCAAUCCGAGAUGGUGCAAUUGACGCCACAGUGGAUCAUGCGAAUGGGUGGAUGGUUUCCAAGGAGACUGGGGAUGUAUACUCCACAAAUGAGCCUCAGUUUGCGUUCAACUCAAGGAUUGCAUUCUGUCUCAAUAUGCACAAUGAGGCAGUGCGGGCUCUGCGGUUCCCACCCAAUUCCCACAAGAAGGAGAAGGAGAGUGCUGAGAAAAGGCGAGAAAGGCAACAACAGGAGCAAGAGCUUGCCAAGCAUAUCGCGGAGGAGGAUGAUGAUGAAUUUUGAUUGUCCUUUGGAUUUUCCUGAUUGAAGGUGCAUUUCCUGUACUUGUUUAACUACUGUGCCAAAAAGUCAUGGGUGAGGUAUUAGGGAUUUCCUCAAUUUCUUGGAUUAAUGAUGAUGAAGUUACUUUUGUUUUCUCCCAAUAUUAUUGAUUUUGUUGUUUC